AAGUGAAUCCAAGGAAUGGAGUGGGCUAUAAGCAAUAGCGGUGGGGAGGACCAAGAGGAACAGAGGAGGCGCCGGCGGCCGGCGGUCGCUGAGCAGCCCCCAGACCCUCGAGCAAACCGCCUCUCCACCGCCGGAGAAGCCCGCGGACCCACCCACUGGGGCGGCCAGAGGGCCUGAACGCCCGAGCCCGGGGACCCGGCGGCCGGGGGCGCCAGCCCCUCAUGUUCCGCAGAAGGCGCAAAUGUGAUGUCAUGCCCAUUGUUUUGGUGCGCCCAACCAAUCGGACUCGCCGCCUGGAUUCUACCGGAGCCGGCAUGGGCCCUUCCUCGCACCAGCAGCAGGAGUCCCCGCUCCCGACCAUAACGCAUUGCGCAGGGUGCACCACCGCCUGGUCUCCCUGCAGCUUUAACAGCCCUGACAUGGAAACCCCAUUGCAGUUCCAGCGCGGCUUCUUCUCAGAGCAGCCGCCGCCGCGCUCCUCACACCUGCAUUGCCAGCAGCAGCAACAGAGCCAGGACAAGCCGUGCCCGCCCUUCGCGUCCCUCCCGCACCCACAGCACCACCCGCACCUCGCGCACCAGCAGCAGGGCAGCGGCGGCAGCAGCCCAUGCCUCCGGUGCAACAGCUGCGCCUCCUCCGGUGCCCCGGCGGCGGGGGCGGGGGCGGGGGAUAACCUGUCCCUGCUGCUCCGCACCUCCUCGCCCGGCGGCGCCUUCCGGACCCGCACCUCCUCGCCGCUGUCGGGCUCGUCGUGCUGCUGCUGCUGCUCGUCGCGCCGGGGCAGCCAGCUCAAUGUGAGCGAGCUGACGCCGUCCAGCCAUGCCAGUGCGCUCCGGCAGCAGUACACGCAGCAGCCGGCGUCCGCCUCCCAGUACCACCAGUGCCACAGCCUGCAGCCCGCCGCCAGCCCCACGGGCAGCCUCGGCAGCCUGGGCUCCGGGCCCCCGCUCUCGCACCACCACCACCACCCGCACCCGGCGCACCACCAGCACCACCAGCCCCAGGCGCGCCGCGAGAGCAACCCCUUCACCGAAAUAGCCAUGAGCAGCUGCAGGUACAACGGGGGCGUCAUGCGGCCGCUCAGCAACUUGAGCGCGUCCCGCCGGAACCUGCACGAGAUGGACUCGGAGGCGCAGCCCUUACAGCCCCCCGCGUCCGUCGGAGGAGGUGGCGGCGCGUCCUCCCCGUCUGCAGCCGCCGCCGCCGCCGCCGCUUCGUCCUCAGCCCCGGAGAUCGUGGUGUCUAAGCCGGAGCACAACAACUCCAAUAACCUGGCGCUCUACGGAGCCGGCGGCAGCGCUGGAGGCGGCGGUGGCGGCGGCGGCAGCGGGCAUGGCAGCAGCAGUGGCACCAAGUCCAGCAAAAAGAAGAACCAGAACAUCGGCUACAAGCUGGGCCACCGGCGCGCCCUUUUCGAGAAGCGCAAGCGGCUCAGCGACUACGCGCUCAUCUUCGGCAUGUUCGGCAUCGUCGUCAUGGUCAUUGAGACCGAGCUGUCGUGGGGCGCCUACGACAAGGCGUCACUGUAUUCCUUAGCUCUGAAAUGCCUUAUCAGUCUCUCCACAAUCAUCCUGCUCGGGCUGAUCAUCGUGUACCACGCCAGGGAAAUACAGUUGUUCAUGGUGGACAACGGAGCAGAUGACUGGAGAAUAGCCAUGACUUAUGAGCGUAUUUUCUUCAUCUGCUUGGAAAUACUGGUGUGUGCUAUCCAUCCCAUACCUGGGAAUUACACGUUCACAUGGACGGCCCGGCUUGCCUUCUCCUAUGCCCCAUCCACAACCACCGCCGAUGUGGACAUUAUUUUAUCUAUACCGAUGUUCUUAAGACUCUAUCUGAUCGCCAGAGUCAUGCUCUUACAUAGCAAACUUUUCACCGAUGCCUCGUCUCGAAGCAUCGGAGCACUGAAUAAGAUAAACUUCAAUACCCGUUUUGUUAUGAAGACUCUGAUGACAAUCUGUCCAGGAACUGUGCUUUUGGUGUUUAGUAUCUCGUUAUGGAUAAUUGCCGCAUGGACUGUCCGAGCUUGUGAAAGGUACCAUGAUCAACAGGAUGUUACUAGCAACUUCCUCGGAGCGAUGUGGUUGAUAUCCAUAACUUUUCUCUCCAUUGGUUAUGGUGACAUGGUACCAAACACUUACUGUGGGAAAGGAGUCUGUUUGCUUACUGGAAUUAUGGGUGCUGGUUGCACAGCCCUGGUGGUCGCUGUCGUGGCAAGAAAGCUAGAACUCACCAAAGCAGAAAAGCACGUGCACAACUUCAUGAUGGAUACUCAGCUGACCAAAAGAGUGAAAAACGCAGCUGCCAAUGUACUCAGGGAAACAUGGCUAAUUUACAAAAAUACAAAGCUAGUAAAAAAGAUAGAUCAUGCAAAAGUAAGAAAACAUCAACGAAAAUUCUUGCAAGCUAUUCACCAAUUAAGAAGUGUAAAAAUGGAGCAGAGGAAACUGAAUGACCAAGCCAAUACCUUGGUGGACCUGGCAAAGACCCAGAACAUCAUGUAUGACAUGAUUUCCGACCUAAACGAGCGGAGCGAAGACUUUGAGAAGAGGAUCGUUACCGUGGAGACAAAACUGGAGACUCUGAUUGGCAGCAUCCACGCCCUCCCUGGGCUCAUCAGCCAGACCAUCAGGCAACAGCAGCGAGAUUUCAUUGAGGCUCAGAUGGAGAACUACGACAAGCACGUCACCUACAACGCCGAGCGGUCCCGGUCCUCGUCCAGGAGACGGCGGUCCUCCUCCACAGCGCCACCAACUUCAUCAGAGAGUAGCUAGAAGAGAAUCAGUUAACCACAAAAUAAGACUUUUUGCCAUCAUAUGGUCAAUAUUUUAGCUUUUAUUGUAAAGCCCCUAUGGUUCUAAUCAGUGUUAUCCGGGUUCUGAUGUCAGAAUCCUGGGAACCUGACACUAAGUUUUAGGCCAAAAUGAGUGAAAACUCUUUUUCUUUUCCUUUCAGAUGCACAAGGAAUGCACCUAUUAUUGCUAUAUAGAUUGUUCCUCCUGUAAUUUCACUAACUUUUUAUUCAUGCACUUCAAACAAACUUUACUACUACAUUAUAUGAUAUAUAAUUAAAAAAAAGUUAAUUUCUGCACAUACUUGUUUGGUCAC